AGAUGGACUGCACCACUUGGAGGUGGUAACUGCCGACCGAAAGGGGCGCGAUCUUGGGAGACACACUGUAGUGCAGACAAUCGCAUCGUCCAAUACGCUAUAUCAGCGACUUCAUCAGGUCCUUUCCAGAUGUCCGGUUAUUGGGGACCAGAGCAAGCUACGGGUAUGAGAUUUGGAAUCGGUUCAUUGCGGUGA